AUGUUUAACAUAAAUUGCAUUAAAUGUGUAGUGUAUGCAUUGUCUUCUAAUAUUAACCACAACAUCAAGCUGAUUUAUCUGAACAGAUUAAUGAGUGUUAUAGUAACCAGUAAGAACAGGAAGAAGAAGAGGAAUAAAAACAUUGUUACAAGUGUAAUAAUUAAAGAGUUGAUAAAAAUAAUAAGUAAUAAUGGAAGUGAGAAUGGGGAAAUGUGUAAGGUCAUUACAGACGUUUUAAUAUACAUUUACAGUAUAAUAAAGGAUAAAUAUAUAGUAACAAACGCUCUGAUUAAGGAACUAAAUGGUUAUGUAAAGAAUCUUAAUCAUUUGCUGAUAUUACUCCAAAAUAUCAACAACAAAAAUAAAACCAAUGUCAUUGUUGAAAGAAUAUAUAACUUGGUUUUAAAUAACAAAACCUUGUUAGAAAACCUAAAUAACGUUAAAUUAAUCAUUUUCUUUAUUCUUCUAACCUUUAAUCAUCUGUACAAUGGUGAUGAAUGUGUAAAAAAUAUAUUGACAAAAAAAUUAUUUAAUUAUAACGUAAAUGACCGUGAGUUUUACAAAGACCACGAAAAUUUCCAUAACUUCAUCAAUUUCGUACUGAAUCUAAAGGAUUUGACCCUAAUCAAUAGCGUUAUCACCAUAGAAGUCCUUUACAUAAGUGAAGAUUUAAGGAAUUAUAUAAAAAUUGAUGAAAAUUUUAUUGAGAACUUGAAAUAUCUAAGCAAUGACGUAGUAUUAUACGUACUUUUGUAUAAUAUAAGCCCAAAUCAUCAUUUGAUGAUUGAUAAUGUGAAUAUAAUGUUGCAGAAUAAUUUGACCAAACCGCAGCUAAUUUUAAUGCACAAGUUCAUGAAUUAUAUAAUACACAAUGAUCUUAGAUUGCUGGACGAGAGUUUCAUAGCAAAUAUCAACAACUUGUUGCCAAGAAUUACCGACGUGAAACUAGUUAACCUGAUAUUACUCUACACAAUAAAAUUCAAAGUUGAUAUAAUUGAAGAAAGUGUAAUAAAAUGUUUAAAUGGAGAUAGUAUUACAGUAAUAUUACUCAUGUUAUUGAAUAAGUUUGAAUUUGAUGAUGAAUUUUUCCUCAAGAUUAUAAACGAAUUAAUGAAUAGCGAUAUCUUUGAUGAAGUCAACUGGUCCAUUUUACUUCUAAUUUUGAUAAACAACAAUUAUUACAUCAACACUGUUAUGUUUAACAUAUUUUUACAACACUCAAUUAACAAUGAGGAGAUCAAAAGGGAUAAAAGAUUUAACGCAUUUCUGUCAUAUAUAAUAGAUAUUACAAGAUGGCCUCUGGAAUCUGUUACUGACUAUGUAUUUAAGAAUGUUUUGGCGCCUAAUCUGAUAAAUUAA